AUGUUCCCUCGGAUCGGCUGGAUUUCGGGCAAAAAUGCAAAGCUUAUGCUGCUACUCAUUGUUAUGGCCAGCGUUUGUGCAAUCGGCUUGUUGGCACUUUGUAAGUGAAAAAAGUUGGAGCUUCCGGGAAAAAAUUUUAUUUUUUCGGGUUUUUUUGUUUGAAAACCGACAUUUUUUUUUUUGAAAUUUCCGAUUGAGGCUUGAUUAUCAGUCUGUCGGGAAAAUAAUGAGCAGAAUGUCGCUGCGCCGCUUGUGUCGCUGAAGUGAAAAGCAAUUUAAUUUUGUCGCGACCAGAGAUUGCCACGGCUCCGGAGCCGGCUCUUGGCUCCGGCUCUGAGCGGCUCCGGCUCCGAGCCGGGAGCCAGAGCCUGAGCCGGAAAUUUUGGGGUCGGCUCUGGCUCCCGAGCCCAAAGUCGGAGCCAGGCUUCCCAGCUGUCAGAAAAGUGAAAAUUUCGUGAUCUUGUCAAACCAAAUUACUUGAAAAAACACUGCGGAGGAUGCGACUUGACUGCAAAAACGUUGGCUGUAUGAUCUCUGGCACUAAUAACUUUUAUUUUUGGAAAAAUAUUUUUAAAAAAAACAUUUUGCAUAGGAGCCGGGAUUCGGAGCCGGAGGCCUUUUUAAAUUUUGCACGGAGCCAAGAGCCGGAGCCGGAGCUGCAAAUAUGGCCUCGGCUCCGGCUCUGGGAGCGAAGAGCCGGAGCCGGAGCCGAAAUUUUGACCGUGGCAAUCUCUGGUCGCGACACAAUUUAUGUAUUUUUCACGUUGCGAUCCGAUUUUCAAAGCGACAGAGUGCUCAUUAUUUUCCCGACAGACUGAUAUUAGUAUUUUCAUAAAGUGCAUGGACCUUUGUCGUGCACAAAAAACCUCCAUUUUUGCACCGUGCAUUCAACUGUGUUGCUGCGUCGGCAUCUUGAAUUUACUCAUUAUUUUCCCGACAGACUGAUAUUCGAAAAAAAUGCUUUUGAGGCUCUGAUGCAGCUCGGAAAACAAGCAUAGAAAAAAAAUAAAAUGAUUUUUUAUUAUUUUUUUAUUUUUUUUUCAUUAUGAGCCGAGAAAAUCGCCCAAGAAAAAUAAAAAAAUUUUGUCCCUAUUUUCCCCCAUUUUUCAGCCGAAACGCGCUCCUUGGUGAAAACAGUGGUGAAGGGAGCGCAAACUGAAAUUGCAAGACUCAUACCGAAAACGGAUGACGCGAAAGAGUUAUGGCCGAAAUACAAUAAGACUUUGGCCAUCAGUAGUGGAGAUUGCGCAGGAAUGGCGAACGUUGUAAGUUACGCUGAUUUUGCGAUUUUUUUGGAAAGUUUUUAAUAUUUUUUUGUCCGGAGGCUUUGAUACUACUAGUCGUUCCAGAAAGUGCGUGCACUUUUUUCCGCCUUUUUUACACCGCACAGUGCAAAGUUUCGUGUUCCCCGCGCGACGCGAUCCGUUUCGAAACAUUCUGCACUGUGCAAUUUCUUUUCGCACGCCCAAAAUUCGCGGCGACUCAGCUGAGAAAAGCUUGCGUCGCAGCGAUAUGUCAGCGACAUCCGGUUGCACAGUGCAAAAAGGUCAAAUGCACCCCGCAAAAAGGGGUUUUGUGCACGGUGCGGCCCACGACAAAAUGUGUCUGCACUUUUGAAAAAGCGUAAUAUGACUUCUAGUCGCGACAUAAAGUCCGUAGAAAGCGACGUCGGCGAAAAAAAUUCUACGGACUUUAUGGCGCGACUAGCACAAACUAUUUUUGAGAUUUUUGAUCUAUCAGUCUGUCGGAAAAAUAACGGCGGACCGUCGCAUCAAAAUGUCUCGCCUCGCCGCUAUCGCGCACCAAAUCCCAAGCCGCGGCUUGCAGUCGCAGACCGAUGUUGGGCGAUUCCGAGGCGCGACAAUCCGCCGUUAUUUUCCCGACAGACCGAUAUAUAAUUUUCAUUGCAGUUCUGGAGAAUCGCGGCGUUGUAUGGAUUGAGUCUUCAGACAAAUCGCACAGCAGUCAUGGGCGAUCCUAUAGAAGACUGCGGAGAGCGGGAGAAAAAGGAAAUGACGUCUUAUUUCCCCGCCUUGAGCGUACUGUAUAGCCGGGUGAGUCGGCUUCGGAUAACCUUGUUUUUGUGGCGUGCUCUAAAAAAUACUUUUUUUUCCAAGCUGAGGAGCGCAAAAAAAUUGAAGUUCAUCUCAAUUUAUGAUUUAUAACUUUUUACUUACAGUCCCCCAUUGGCUACUAUUCGCCAGUAAACUUUGGCGAAUCAUCGUGGCAGCCGGAUAACAUAACAAAGUAAGGAUUUAGAUUUUCAAAAAAAACGUACACAUGGAAUUUUUUUUACAGUGUUUAUUAGUGAAGAUUUCAUGUCUACUGCGCUAUUUCAAAAGUGCCUAGACUUUUUGCCCCAGCGCACAGUGCAUUUUGCCUUUUUUCCCACGGCGCGGGCUUUUCGAACAUUUUGCACUGUGCGUUUUUCUUCUUUUUUGCACCGUGCAAACCGCACAGUGCAUUUUCCAUUUUUUUGUCGCUUACGCACAGUGCAUUUUGCCUCGAAAGAGAGUGUACUAGUCGUUCCAGAAAGUGCGUGCACUUUUUGUCGUGGGCCGCACUGUGCACAAAAUUGCCUUCUUGCGGGGUGCAUUUGACCUUUUGCACCGUGCAAUUGCAAUGUCGCAGCGACGUAGGCUUUUCUCAACGGAGCCGGCGCGAAUUUUUAGAAAUUGCACAGUGCAAAAUGUUUCGAAAAGGAUCGCGUCGCGCGGGGAACACGAAACUUGCACUGUGCGGUCCGAAAAAAAGGCGGAAAAACGUGCACGCACUUUCUGGAACGACUAGUACUGGCUUGAUUGCCCUUUUCAAAACAUUUUUUUUGCACUGUGCGGGCUUUUCGAACAUUUUGCACAGUGCAUUUUCCCUUUUUUUUGUCGCUUACGCACGGUGCAUUUUGCCUAUCAGUCUGGCCGAAAAAGAAUUGUCCUCCGCGCCCCCCUCCAUCGCACUCACUCGAAACCCCAAUUUGCAUCGCGGAGAAAUUUGGAGGGCAUCGCCGAAAGAAAGAGCAAAAACAACGCAUCGCCAGCGACAAAAGUGGGUUUUGCACAGUGCAAAUGCCCUUUUUCUGCUGUUUCGCACUGUGCAAUUCCACAAAUUUAGCGAUUUUUCGAAGUCGCGCGCACUUUUGCGAUGCAUCGCUCAAACUUUCGGUGCCGCUCAUUUUCGAGCUUGCGAUUUCGAUGCUGCGACGAGGGUAAUUCUUUUUCGGCCAGACUGAUAUUACGCUUUUUCAAAAGUGCAGACACAUUUUGUCGCGGGCCGCACCGUGCACAAAACUCCCUUUUGCGGGGUGCAUUUUGACCUUUUGCACUGUGCAAACGGAUAUCGCUGCGACGCAAGCUGUUCUCAACGGCGCCGGCGCGAAUUUUUUGAAAUUGCACAGUGCAAAAUGUUUCGAAAAGGAUCGCGUCGCGCGGGGAACACGAAACUUGCACUGUGCGGUGCAAAAACGGCCGGAAAAUGUGUCUGCACUUUUGAAAAAGCGUAAUAGUGCACUGCGCUUCAUUGCCCUCUUCAAAACAUUUUUUUGCACUGUGCGGGGUCGCAAUGCACCUAGAAUUUUGAAUUGUCGCCAAGCGACAAGUUUUUCGCGCGAUGGCGCACGGUGCAUUUUGCGGACUUUUCGAAAAUUUUGCGAAUUCCAUCGAUUGCGACCCCGCAUCGAUUGCGACCCAGCAUCGAUUGCGACCCCGCAUCGAUUGCGACCCAAAAUGGGGUAAAGCGACCCCGGGAUGAAAAUUCCUUGAUUCUCUUCGGGAAAAACUUGCUUUAGGGGUUUUCGAGGGUGCUGAUUUCGAAAAUGAUGUUCAUUUUUCCUCUAGUACUACAUAGUACUGUCUGAUACUAUAUAGUACGAAGUUAAAAUAUCGCUUUUGACGUUAAAUACUCGAUUUAGGGGUUUUCGAGGGUGCUGAUUUCGAAAAUGAUGUUCAUUUUUCCUCUAGUACUACAUAGUACUGUCUGAUACUAUAUAGUACGAAGUCAAAAUAUGGCUUUUGACGUUAAUGGUGUUGUUUUGAUGCUUGGUACUCUUCAAAAACACGUUUUAAAGGCUUGGUGCUAUAUAGUACUGUCUGAUACUAUAUAGUACGAAGUCAAAAUAUGGCUUUUGACGUUAAUGGUGUUGGUUUGAUGCUUAGUACUCUUCAAAAACACGUUUUAAUCACUUGGUGCUAUAUAGUACUAUCUGAUACUAUGUAGUACGAGGUGUAAAGUUGGCCUUUAGGCGUUAGUGGUGUUGUUCUGGUGCUUAGUACGCUUAUUUUGACUUCGUACUGUAUAGUAUCAGACAGUACUAUAUAGCACCAAGCCUUUAAAACGUGUUUUUGAAGAGUACGAAGCAUCAAAACAACACCAUUAACGUUAAAAGCCAUAUUUUGACUUCGUACUAUAUAGUAUCAGACAGUACUAUAUAGCACCAAGCCUUUAAAACGUGUUUUUGAAGAGUACUAAGCAUCAAAACAACAGCAUUAACGUCAAAAGCGAUAUUUUGACUUCGUACUAUAUAGUAUCAGACAGUACUAUGUAGUACUAGAGGAAAAAUUAACAUCAUUUUCGAAAUCGGCACCCUCGAAAACCCCUAAAUCGAGUAUUUAACGUCAAAAGCGGUAUUUUCACUUCGUACUAUAUAGUAUCAGACAGUACUAUGUAGUACUAGAGGAAAAAUGAACAUCAUUUUCGAAUUCAGCACCCUCGAAAACCCCUAAAUCGAGUAUUUAACGUCAAAAGCGGUAUUUUCACUUCGUACUAUAUAGUAUCAGACAGUACUAUGUAAUACUAGAGGAAAAAUGAACAUCAUUUUCGAAUUCAGCACCCUCGAAAACCCCUAAAUCGAGUAUUUAACGUCAAAAGCGGUAUUUUCACUUCGUACUAUAUAGUAUCAGACAGUACUAUGUAAUACUAGAGGAAAAAUGAACAUCAUUUUCGAAAUCAGCACCCUCGAAAACCCCUAAAGCAAGUUUUUUCCGAAGAGAAUCAAGGAAUUUUCAUCCCGGGGUCGCUUUACCCCAUUUUGGGUCGCAAUCGAUGCGGGGUCGCAAUCGAUGCGAGGUCGCAAUCGAGCGGGGUCGCAAUCGAAGGAUUCCAAAUUUUGCACUGUGCGUUUUGUUUCUUUUCGAACCGUGCAAACCGCACAGUGCAAUUUGCCUUCUUUGUCGCUUACGCACAGUGCAUUUUGCCUUUUUUCGCACGGUGCGGGCUUUUCGAACAUUUUGCACUGUGCAUUUUCCCUCAUCGCGGCAAAUCGCAUCAGAAACGUCGCAGCGACUCUGUCCAAAAUGUGAUUCGUCGCGCGAUAUUUACCUCGCACAGUGCAAAAUUUCGAGUGCACAGUGAAAAAUGGGGGUUUUGCACGGUGCGAUCCUGUGAAAAAAGUCUAUGCACUUUUUGAAAAAAACGCAUCAGGACAUUUCCGGAAUUUGGACACUUCCGGAAUGGCGGAAUAGUGACACUUCCGGAAUGGCGGAACAGUGACACUUCCGGAACCGGGGAAAAAUCAAAGAAGAGGCUUAGACCUGCCAUCUGAACCAUCUGGCUGGAUUUAUUGUUAUUUAUUAAUCUCAAAAAUUUUGUUAUUUUUUUUUCUGAUUGUUACUUUUUUCUUAAGUAGUAGUGUUAAAAAGUAAUUUUUCGAUUUUUUUCUAAAAAUACUCGAUUUAGGGGUUUUCAAGGUUGCUGAUUUCGAAUAUCGGGCUCAUUUUUUCUGAACUUUACUAGUUUUCCUUAAGCAGUAGUGUUAUAAAGUAAUUUUUUGGAAUUUUUCCAAAAAUACUGGAUUUAGGGGUUUUCGAGGGUGCUGAUUUCGAAAAUCAUCUUAGCUUUCCUCUUUAUAGUACUAUCCGGUACUAUACAGUACGAGGUGAAAAUAUGGCUUUUGGCGUUAAUGGUGUUGUUUUGAUGCUUAGUACUCCUCAAAAACACGUUUUAAAUAACUGGUACUGUUUAGUACUGCCUGGUACUAUGUAGUACAUGGUGAAAAUAGGAGUACUAAGCAACAGAACAACACCACUAACGCCUAAAGGCCAAAUUUUUACCUUGUACUACAUAGUACCAGACAGUACUAAACAGUACCAAUUAUUUAAAACGUGUUUUUGAGGAGUACCAAGCAUCAAAACAACACCAUUAACGCCAAAAGCCACAUUUUCACCUCGUACUGUAUAGUACCAGAUAGUACUAUAAAGAGAAAAGCUAACAUGAUUUUUCGAAAUCAGCACCUUCGAAAACCCCUAAAUCGAGUAUUUUUAGAAAAUUUUCAAAAAAUUACUUUAUAACACUACUGCUUAAGGAAAACGAGUAUAGUUCAGAAAAAAAUGAACCCGAUAUUCGAAAUCAGCAACCUUGAAAACCCCUAAAUCGAGUAUUUUUAGAAAAAAAUCGAAAAAUUACUUUUUAACACUACUACUUAAGAAAAAAGUAACAAUCAGAAAAAAAAAUAACAAAAUUUUUGAGAUUAAUAACAAUAAAUCCAGUCAGAUGGUUCAGAUGGCAGGUCUAAGCCUCAUCUUUGAUUUUUCCCCGGUUCCGGAAGUGUCACUGUUCCGCCAUUCCGGAAGUGCCACUAUUCCGCCAUUCCGGAAGUGUCCAAAUUCCGGAAAUGUCGUGGUGCCGAAAAAAAAUUAAAAAAAUACUGCCUAUUUCAGACUGCAAGGUCCCCAAAAAUUGAUUGUUGUGCGCGGCGGUUUUUAUUUUCAAGCCUUUCCGUACUUCCACCAUUUCAAGGAGAGAAUCCGGAAGAUCUUUGCGCCAUCAGCCGAAAUCAAGAAACUUAUUGAGGACUAUGACAAAAACGUGUUCAAAGGCGAUCUCUCGCACAAGCUCUGCAUCCAUCUGAGGGAUUUCGAAAAGGGAAUUUUCAAAAAGAGCAAUGUGACAUGGGCAUUUGAAGUGAGUUAGGUUGAAAAGGGAAGUACCCCAAGUGCGAUGCUCAGAAUUUUGUGAAAUUUUGCACAGACGCUGUAUGUAGGCCUCAUAUCAAUUUCUGAAAUUUUUAGCUUGCGAUCUUCAGAGGCGGCCGAGAUAUUCAACGACUUGCCGAGAGAGUACGAGAAAUGCGGAGAGUGGUCAGAGAAAAUCUAUUUUUGGCCAUAUCUUUGUCAGUUUCGCGUGGAAAAAAUGAUUUUUUGUGAAAAUAUUACAUUAUACAGUAGAAAUAGACAUGCGAUUUUUUGGACGAAAAUUUGCAAAAAAAAUUUAAAAUUUUUGCCAAUUUUGGAUCUAUUGGAUCUAAAAUUGGCAAAAUUUGGAUCAAAACUCGGUUACUUUGGGAAAGCGAAAGCUAAAAGUGUCAUACUUGUAUUAGAAAAAAAAAUUCUAAAUUUUUGCCAAGUUUCAUCAAAAUCUGAGCGUCGCAUUUGGACAAGCUUUUUUUCACCGUUGUGUUCAUUAUUUUCCCGACAGACGUAUAACAGAGAAAAAAUUGCUUUUUCAGGCAGCAAAAUUCAUAAUCCAACAUCUGAAGACGCAGCAUAACAUUGAGAACAUCAGCGUCGUUGUGUUUUCGGACAAUAAAAAUUACUCACAAACAAUUGCAGAGCAGCUGGUUGUGAGUAUUUUCAUAAAGUAUUUUUUAUUUUUUUCGUUGCUUUCCCCCGCUUACUCGCUGCAGUGACGGAGCUGAACCAGUGGCAAAAAACGUAACAUUUUACCUCCGGGAAGUAUCAAAAACGUGGCAAAAUGCUUCCCUUUCCAAGUGAAAAAACUUCGUUUGAAAGGGCGCGCCCUUCCCUCGCAAAAAUAAGAGUUUUUUUCUCUUGGAGAUGGAAGCAUUUUGCCACAUUUUUGAUGCUUCCCGGAUCCAAAAUGGGACGUUUUUUGCCACUGCUUCAGGAGCGUCACUGUAUUUUCAGAACGAAGGCUCAAUCUCAAAGGCAUAUGCCCCGACGGGAAUGAACCGCGGAACGGAGAUGGUAUUGGGCCAAACCAAGUGCCAAUCGAUGAUUCUGACCACGAUUGGCUCCACGUUCGGCUGGUGGAUGGCCUAUUUCAUGGAGGAGGAGGCGCAGAAACGCGUCUUCUACAGCGAGCAUUUCUUUGAGGUGGGUGCGAAAUUCAUUUUUGGCAGUUUUUUCUGCCAGUCUGUCCGGAAAAUAAUGAGCAGAAUGUGGCAUUUUGGAUGCGACAGAGUGCUCAUUAUUUUCCCGACAGACUAAUAUUACGCUUUUUCAAAAAGUGCGUACACUUUUUUCCCGUCGCCGCACCGUGCAAUAAUUCCAUUUUUGCACUGUGCAUUUGAGAUUUUGCACUGUGCAACCCCCAAAAAAGGUCGAUUGCACUGUGCAACCCCCAAAAAAGUCGAUUGCACUGUGCAACCCCCAAAAAGGUCGAUUGCACUGUGCAACCCCCAAAAAAGUCGACUGCACUGUGCAACCCCUAAAAAGGCCGAUUGCACUGUGCAACCCCCAAAAAAGUCGAUUGCACUGUGCAACCCUCAAAAAGGUCGAUAGCACUGUGCAACCCCCAAAAAGGUCGAUUGCACUGUGCAACCCCCAAAAAGGUCGAUUGCACUGUGCAACCCCCAAAAAAGUCGACUGCACUGUGCAACCCCUAAAAAGGCCGAUUGCACUGUGCAACCCCCAAAAAAGUCGAUUGCACUGUGCAACCCUCAAAAAGGUCGAUAGCACUGUGCAACCCCCAAAAAGGUCGAUUGCACUGUGCAACCCCCGAAAAGGCCGAUUGCACUGUGCAACCCCCAAAAAGGUCGACUGCACUGUGCAACCCCUAAAAAGGCCGAUUGCACUGUGCAACCCCCAAAAAAGUCGAUUGCACUGUGCAACCCUCAAAAAAGUCGAUUGCACUGUGCAACCCCCAAAAAAGUCGAUUGCACUGUGCAACCCCCAAAAAGGUCGAUUGCACUGUGCAACCCCCAAAAAAGUCGACUGCACUGUGCAACCCCUAAAAAGGCCGAUUGCACUGUGCAACCCCCAAAAAAGUCGACUGCACUGUGCAACCCCCCAAAAAGGUCGAUUGCACUGUGCAACCCUCAAAAAGACCGAUUGCACUGUGCAACCCCCAAAGAGGUCGACUGCACUGUGCAACCCCCAAAAAAAGGUCGAUUGCACUGUGCAACCCCCAAAAAAGUCGAUUGCACUGUGCAACCCCCAAAAAAGUCGAUUGCACUGUGCAACCCCCAAAAAGGUCGAUUCCACUGUGCAACCCCCAAAAAGGCCGAUUGCACUGUGCCGAUUUUUGACCCCAAUCGCAGCCGGCGCAGUGGAGAAAAGCCGACGUCGCAGCGAUAUUUCAAAUGCACAGUGCAAAACCAAAACAAGGUGAGUGCACGGUGCAAAAAGUCGGGGGAUUUUUGUGCACGGUGCGGACCGCGACGAAUGUCGCGAAAUUUUGCACUGUGCAGCCGAAACACCGCGCGACGAAAAUCAUUUUCGGCGGAGUCGCUGCCGCCUUUCUGAAGCGAUUUUCCGCACAGUGCAAAAAGAGGCAUACUGCACAGUGCAAAAUGUUCGAAAAGACUGCACCGUGCGAAAAAAAGCGAAAACGGCCAGAAUGCACUGUGCGCCAGGACAAAAAGUCUGCGGACUUUGGAAAAGGCGUUGUACGGCACAAUUCGAUAAAACGUGGUGUAAAAUGUUUAUUGUUUUUUAAUUUUCAGCCCGGGCAGUACCACAGAAACGUCAUAAAGGACAUGGAAAAGAAUUAUAUUCGGCCGGAGUGGAAGAGAAUCAGAUCAGAAAACGGAACGUUUCAUCUGGACUUCAAGGAGAAAGAGGAUUUUCUUUUUUAUGAUAGAAAUCGAUUAAUUUUUGGUUAG